UUUACAACGUUUGUAUUGUUUGUAUAAGGUAACAUAGUUACCGAUAUCGAACUCUUUUCAAUCAAAAUGGGAAAUCUUGUCCACAUGCUUUGUACCUUUAUGUUGUUUUGUGCACUGGUGACUGGAGAAGAAAAUAAGUCAGAACCCGUAAAAUGCGCCGCAAGAACACGUCUCAGCACGGCAACGUGUCCACAAGUUUCAUCAAAUGCUAUCUGUUACGACGCCUGCAAUGGUCGCGAGAUUACUGCACGGAAAGAAUGCAAAAAUACGCCAGAGUGCUGUUUUGUCAAAAAUCGAUGUGUUCCAAAAGAGAUGGUAGCAGCUACAUUUGAGGAAGAAAAGAAAAGCGAGGAAGAAAAGGCAGUAUUUGAAAAAUUCAAGAAAAAUAUGGAAAAACCGGAUGACAAUGAUGAAUCACACAAAAGCAUGCUGUCGGCAAGAAAUCUCAAUAUGGGAGGAUUUCCCGGAAUUCCAGGACCUCCUCUCCCACUUGGCGUUCACGGUGCUUUACCAUUUGGAUCAAUUCCAUCACAAUCCCCUUCAAAUUGUUUAAUUUUUCCAUUUAACUGUCCACCAGUGACAAAUGUUGACGAUAUUUUGAUUCCACCGGUAAACAUUCCCUACUGCCAAAGAGAAUACUGCUCAUUAGCCGACUAUUCACUAGAAGAUAACUUGGAGGCAUGUCUGAUGCAACCUGGUUGUUAUUUUGACCGGGAAUUGCAUUCACUUCGCAAAGCUUUUGGGCAUCGCGUGUUACCAACAGUUCCAGUUUGUCACAUCGCUAUCAAGAACCAUUUUUUCCAGAAGAAAUGUCAGAAACAUAUUCAGCGGUUUGGAAAAUGGAAUCCAGCUUUAACAAAAUGCAUGAUGACUCAACACUACAGUGAAAUAUAUUCUCCUCCGAAAGGGUGUGACAUGAAUCAAGUAAUUGAAUACUUUGGAUAUCUACCAAAAAUGGCAGGAUGGACAGGAAUUCUAGAAAAAGAAUGUUAUCUCAUUAAUGGGUGCUGGAGACCGGGACAUGGUUGCUUCUAUCCAAUGCAACUGUCUGAAAUCAUUGUGAAAUCUACAAAUAUAGACAUCAGUGGCAGGAAACUUGCGUCAGCAACUCAGAUAUUCGGGAUGCCAAAAUGUCAGAAUUUCGACAGCUCGACUCCUGAAAACUUCCUCAGAAGUUAUCACAAUUGUUUGUCUUCGGGAUGUUCUCUCGAUCCUUCUGUAACCAGUCAGUUGUACUACUAUAAUCUUUGGAACCUGACGCAGUCUCUUCCACCACAACUCCAAUACCUUUCAUGGGUCGAUAUAGCAAAGUCCAAUAUGAGAGCCGACAACUUUGAAGAACAAAUCAAAAAGUACCAAGAAAUGUCUGGUUCAGAUCGUGGAUUUUCAAUGAUGAAUUCCAUCAACACCGGGUCAAAUUUCCAAGUCAGCCAUCUAUUGCAUUCCCUUACUCCAACACCAAACAUUCUAGGAAAUGGUAUUUUAAACACUGGAUUAAAUCAGAAUCCACUGAACUCUCUUCUUGGCAACACACUUACAGGAACAGCAAGUUUAAAUGGCAUGGGGUUCCUCGGCAACUCUUUUACAGAGUCACCCAUAAUAAAAAGCAUUGAUAACGUAAACUGUCCAUAUCAACAGGUCAAUCUGUAUAACUUUCCUCCACUCAAAGGAAGCUUUACUGGAUGUUGUGAAAAAAAUUUAUGUUAUCUUCCAAAGAAAACUCAAAACAUACAAACGUCUGGAAUAGCAAAUUAUUAUGCAACCUGGACCCAGUGGACUACUUGUACCGCAACCUGUGGCGGAGGACAGAUGUCACGUACAAGACUUUGCGUUAGUCGCUCAGGAGGAAAAUGUGGUGGAGUUGCUGACGAAACGCGUGAAUGCAAUACUAGGAGGUGUCCGAAAUGGUCACAGUGGAGUGGGUAUGCGCCCUGUAGCGUGACCUGCGGAGCGGGUAAAACGACUCGCACCCGUAAGUGUUUAGGUGUUGGUUGUGUGGGAUCUUCACAGUCAGAAGCAGUAUGUAACUCAGGAAGAUGCCCUGUAUUCUCAGACUGGACGCCAUGGAGCGAAUGCAGCGUCACUUGUGGAGAAGGUAAAAAGUUACGAUUCAGACUUUGUGAAAAUGGGGGCGACUACGGAUGCCCUAAAGAAGAUCCAGUUAAUGAAAUUGGAUGUAGAUCUUACUGCGGAAAAAUGACGUGGAGUGAAUGGUCUGAGUGUGAUUACAAAACGUGCACCAGGAAGAAAACUCCUCGUUGUGAUCACAAUGGUGCUAGAGGAUAUUGCCUCAACUUUCCCAAACCGGUUACAGAAAAGUGCAACCAAAUGACGUGCUAUUGCAGGAAUUAUCCUGGAAAUAUUCUUUGUGCGGGUUACAACGGAUAAGUCCAAUUAUUUAUUUAUUCAUGUCUACUAGCGUCAUCUUAUAUGAUUAUAUAUUAUAUAUUUCUUCAGUUAACAUCGCUAUUUAGGUUUUCCUGGAAAUGGAAUGCUAUUUGAUGUUCAUACUUAUUUUGCAUUUGUAUUCGUAAAAUAUCUGUUUUGUAUUUUUGAAAGAUGUAAUACAAAUCACUGUAUUGAAAUAU